AUGCAGUCUAUCAAGCCAGAUUUACAAGUGCAAGCUGUACCAAUCACAGACCCAUUCAGCCCUUCCAUUAUAGAUGAAAAUUUAGAGGUUGUGAUUAUUUGGCUAUGUUACAACAAAGAAACAUUACCGGGAGGAUUGGCAAUAAACAGAAAAAGAGCUGAAAGAGGCCUUUCAUUGUUGAAGAUUGUAGUUGUGGAUUUGCUUUCUGGAGAAGCAGGUGAAAUUAAGCUGAGUUCAACGAUGCUACGGAAGAUUGAGGCUGAAAAGGUGAAACAACAAAAUACAAUAUCGCAGACCUAG